AUGCUAAAAGAAAACAAAAAGUACUAGUAUCUGGUUAAUUUUAUAUAUAUACCCUAAAAAAUUUAAUAAAAUACAAAUCAAGAUUAUCUGAUUUUUUUUUGCAAUAUCAUUUAACAAUAUUUGAUCUAAACUAUAUACAUUGAUGUUGGGGUUGAUUAUGUUUAAUUUGAAUUCAAAAAAAAUGCUUAAAACUACUUUUCUAAAUUAAAAUUUGUAUUGAAGUUGAUUAAAAAUAAUCUAAUAAGACUCUUCUAAUAAAGAGUAUCCAUAUAAAAUUUAAUAACAUAAUCCUUCAUAGUUCCAAUAAAAACUGAAAACAAAAAAAGAAAAAUAGGUGAAAAAUUUGGUGAAUAUAAUGAUUUUAUGAAGUAAUAUCAAGUAUUGAUAAAAAAAAAGCUCUAGAACAAUAAAUUAGUUUGGAUUAGCUUGAUCUAUUAAUAUUGAAUUCAAAAAUAGUAAAAAUAUUAG